UUUCAUUCCAACUAAGAUUUUAAUAGAACAUUAUUAAACCAGUUGAUUUGUUCGAAUUUUAAACCAAAAUUCGAUACUACGCAUAAAAAAACGUAAACGAACGAAUAUUAAUUAAUCAAAUGAUCGGAAAUUCGUUUAUUUUACAUCUUGAAAGUACGUAGUGGUGAGGAAUCAAAGUAUCAAGUUGGAAAAAUUUUUCAAUCGAUCGCUUAUCAAUUCGAGUUUAUGCGUUUAUCACAAAAUUUAAAUUUAAUAAUUAGGUAAUUAAUUCGCCGGCAACUCGCAAAUUUUGGUUUUAUAUUAAGUGGAUUCGAUUUAAAAUGGUGCAGUUAGGUAAAAGUUAUUACAACAGUAUAUUAUCCGCCACCUUCUCACCUUGCGGUGAAUAUUUUGUGGCGGGAAAUGUCUUCGGAGAUAUUCGCCUAUUCAAUUUCCAAAAUCUACUCUGCAACACCGAAGAAAUUUCAGACAAUGAUACCAAGAUAUCGAAAAAUCGUUUCAAUUUCAACACUUCCUUUGAAAAGCCAAUCAGUUAUCUAUCGUCUAGUGACAAAUUUUGUAUUGCUGGAAUUGACGGAGAGAUUCUGGGUUGGCCAUGGACCGAUGUUAUCGGCUUGGAAAAUGGAAACACGAUACCUGCUCCUUCGUGGAAAAUACGUCUUCCUCAAUCUGGCGAAAAUUCAAGUAUGAAAACUGAUUUAAAUUGUAUCAAAAUCGAGACCGGUGUUGAUUGUGUGCUGUAUGUGGGAUGCAGCAAUAACAACAUUUACGCAUUUAGUUUAGAAGAUGGCAGAUUACUAAGAACCUAUUCUGGACAUACAGAUUUUGUGCACUGUCUCAAUAUUAGGGAAAACACUUUGAUAUCCGGAGGAGAAGAUGGAACUAUAAGGAUGUGGGACUGUCGUUCUAAAGAAAUUAUAAAUGUUGUCAAACCGUACACAAAUUCAUCCGUCACUCGUCCCGAGUUGGGAAAUUGGAUUGGCGAUGCAUCGCUGAACGAAGAUUGGAUGGUAUGCGGAGGAGGUGUUCGUUUGAGUUUAUGGAAUUUAAGAAAUAUGGAUAGUCCGAUGACGGUGUUCAAUAAUACUAAAGAUCGAGGAAUUCACAUUGCUCAAUUUUACCAAGAUAGAAUUCUGGCCGGUGGCUGCUCUUCGUGUUUCUCUGUUCUUAGUUAUAAUGAUGAACUUCAUACUGGAAUUGAAACGUCGAGCAAUCCGGUAUAUUCGUGUAACAUCAGCACUCCAAAGGAUACGAAUAAAAUAUUAUGCUUGACCGGAAGCAGUAAUAAAAUUGACAUCAGUACAAAUUUCAACUACAGAGAAUUCGUGAUACCAUUUUAUUGAUUAAAAUAAUAUAUAAUUUUUUAUUCGUCAUUUCACAAAAGGAAAAAAAAUGUUAAAAUCAGUUAAUUUUAAAUACAACAAAUUUUUAUGUUUCUA